AUGUCCGACUCACACAAUGAACCGGCUCAACCGUCAACUCCCCUGCGGAGAGAGCGCGCCCCGACAAUUACCAUCGAUACAUCAGCCGUGAACUCCCCCGAUACUUCAAAUCCUCCUAUUCAAGUCUUCUCCGAGGAAACCUCGGCCCAGACCUUGACGGACAACGCCCAUGCCGGUGACUCCAGCGCACUGCUAAACAAUGGCAGCAUAUCUCCCACCGAUAUACGGUCCACAGCAUCCAUUCGCUCCAACGCCUCGUCCGAGGCCCGUGACAGAGAGGACCGCCCAUUAUCACCUCACAACGUCUCCUCACCCAAGGCCAAAUUUCCCGAUCCGCAUUCGAACUUCCUUUCCGUCCCCGGAACUCGUUCCCGAGGGAACUCCUUGGAGUCCGAGGAUACCAGUCAAACCUCCUCUACGUAUGGCGGCGAGACAUAUGUGACUUCGGCAUCUCAUGGAUCGAGGUCUGAUCUGAUGAAGAAUGUCUUCGUCGAUGAUGAAGAUGCUCUAACCCCAGACCCCGGCCGUGAAUCCGAGUUUGAAGUUGAGGAUAACAAAUUUGCUUUCUCGCCCGGCCAGCUGAACAAGCUGUUGAACCCCAAGAGCUUUGGGGCAUUCCGUGCGUUAGGGGGUUUACGGGGUCUUGAGAAAGGAUUGCGAACCGAUGUGCGAAGUGGUUUGAGCGUGGAUGAGACCACGCUCGAUGGGACUGUUAGCUUUGACGAUGUUACUUCGCCAGAUAAAACGCUCAAAUCUGUCUCGCCAAAGCCAUCACCGCCCCCUGCCGAGGGAUCUGUAACCACACAAGCCCGGAAUGAUUUCACCGACCGCAGACGGAUAUACGGCGAUAAUAAGCUUCCAGAAAGGAAGUUAAAGACCAUCUGGGAGCUGGCUUGGAUUGCAUAUAAUGAUAAAGUGCUGAUCCUGCUGACCAUUGCGGCUGUUAUCUCUCUUGCUGUCGGAAUCCCACAAUCGAUCCACCCAGCAAAUCCAAAGGAACCUGGGGUUGAAUGGGUGGAAGGUCUGGCAAUUUUGGUGGCCAUCAUCAUUGUUGUUACUGUUGGUGCAGCAAACGAUUGGCAAAAGGAACGACAAUUUGCGAAACUAAACAAAAAGAAAGAAAACCGACAAGUCAAGGUUAUGCGAUCUGGUCGAACAGAGGAAAUAUCAGUUCACGAUGUUUUGGUUGGGGAUGUCAUGCAUUUGGAAGCUGGCGAUAUGGUCCCGGUCGAUGGGAUUCUAAUUGAAGGCCACGAUCUGAAGUGCGAUGAAUCUUCAGCUACCGGCGAGUCUGAUGUUCUUCGGAAAACCGCCGGUGAUGAAGUGUAUCGCACCAUUGAAAAUCACGAAGACUUGAAGAAGAUGGAUCCUUUCAUUAUUUCCGGCGCCAAGGUUUCUGAAGGUGUCGGCACGUUUUUGGUUACUGCUACUGGUAUGCAUGCUACCUUCGGCCGGACUAUGAUGUCUCUCCAGGAGGAGGGCGAGACAACCCCUCUGCAAACCAAACUCAACGUACUGGCCGAGUAUAUCGCCAAGCUCGGCCUUGCCUCUGGUUUGUUGUUGUUUGUGGUUCUUUUCAUCAAAUUCCUGGUUCGCCUCCACUCGAUUGAAGGUGGCGCAGACGCCAAGGGUCAAGCAUUCCUCCAAAUCUUCAUUGUGGCUGUUACUAUCGUCGUCGUCGCGGUACCAGAGGGUCUGCCGCUGGCCGUCACACUCGCUCUCGCAUUUGCAACGACACGAAUGAUCAAAGACAACAACCUUGUUCGCUACCUGAAAGCCUGUGAGACCAUGGGCAACGCCACCACCAUUUGCUCUGAUAAAACUGGAACCCUCACGGAAAAUAAAAUGACUGCGGUAGCCGCGACUCUGGGGACUACAUCGCGAUUUGGAAAGUACUCCGGCGUCUCACCCGAUGAUAAAACCGAGAUACCCGCUUCCGAGUUUGUAUCUACACUUUCGCAGUCGGUGAGAAAUAUUUUGUACCAAUCGAUUGUCUUCAACUCGACCGCAUUUGAAGGCGAGUCAGAUGGAGUGAAGACGUAUAUCGGUUCCAAGACAGAGACCGCCCUCUUGACUUUUGCUAGGGACAACCUUGGGAUGGGAGCUCUUGGCGAAGCAAGGGCCAACGGCGAACUCGCGCAAAUGUACCCAUUCGAUUCUGCACGCAAAUGUAUGGCAGUUGUCAUCAAGUUGGAGAAUGGAAGGUACCGAAUGCUAGUCAAGGGUGCCGCGGAGAUCUUGGUCGCCAAGUCGACACGCAUUAUCCGUGACCCCAGCGACACACUAUCUGAGGCUCAUCUAUCCGAUGACAACAGAACCACUCUGAACACUAUCAUGACCAACUACGCCUCCCGCUCUCUCCGGUGCAUUGCCCUUGUUUACCGUGACUUCGAACAGUGGCCGCCGCGUGGAGCCCCAGUCUCGGAAACUGAUCGCAACCAUGCGGUUUUCGAACCAAUCUUUAAGGACAUGGCGAUGCUGGGUAUCUUUGGUAUCCAGGAUCCAGUCAGAGCUGGAGUUCCUGAAGCAGUCCAUGCUUGCCAGAGCGCUGGAGUUUUCGUUCGUAUGGUCACUGGUGAUAACGUCAUGACCGCCAAGGCCAUUGCCCAAGAGUGUGGUAUCUUCACAGAAGGUGGUAUCGCCAUUGAAGGCCCCAAAUUCCGCAAGCUUAGCACCCGCCAAAUGAACCAGAUCAUUCCCAGACUUCAGGUUCUCGCCCGAUCCAGUCCUGAUGAUAAGAAGAUUCUGGUUAAUCAGCUAAAGAAGCUUGGUGAGACUGUUGCUGUGACUGGUGAUGGUACCAACGAUGCCCAAGCGCUCAAGAAUGCCGAUGUUGGUUUCGCUAUGGGUAUUGCUGGCACUGAAGUUGCCAAGGAGGCAUCUGAUAUUAUUCUUAUGGAUGACAACUUUUCGUCUAUUGUGAAAGCUAUUGCAUGGGGUCGAACCGUCUGUGAUGCUGUGAAGAAGUUCCUUCAGUUCCAGAUUACUGUCAACAUUACCGCUGUUGUUCUUACUUUCGUCUCUGCAGUUGCCAGUGAUAGCGAGGAUUCAGUGCUGAGUGCAGUACAGCUGCUGUGGGUCAACUUGAUCAUGGACACUUUCGCCGCUCUCGCUUUGGCGACAGACCCUCCUACGCCAACUGUCCUCGACCGAAGACCCGAAUCGAAGUCUGAUCCGCUCAUCACUCUGACCAUGUGGAAGAUGAUUAUUGGACAAUCUAUCUACCAACUGGUUGUAACCUUCGUUCUGAAUUUCGCUGGCAAUAGUAUCUUCACUUGGGACUACGAUCAUAUGCAGACUGUGGUUUUCAACACCUUCGUCUUCAUGCAAAUUUUCAACCAGUACAACUCCCGUCGCAUUGACAACAAAUUCAACAUCAUGGAGGGAAUUUGGAAGAACAGUUGGUUCAUUGGUAUUCAACUCAUCAUUAUUGGAGGCCAAGUUUUGAUUAUCUUUGUUGGUGGCGCUGCCUUCUCUGUCAAGCGCCUUGACCAAGGCUCACAGUGGGCUGUCAGUCUUGUUCUGGGAGCUCUCUCCCUCCCAAUCGCUGUGAUAAUUCGUUUGAUCCCAGAUGAGCUCGUCAGCAAACUCAUUCCAAAAUUCUGGUCCCGCAACGAGGGACCAGAACUAGUCGUCUCCGAUGAAGACCGCAACUACGAAUGGAACCCAGCCCUCGAAGAGAUCCGCGACCAGCUCGCCUUCAUCAAGCGCGUCCGUGGCGGCCGGCUCCGCCACAUCCGCCACAAGCUGCAACACCCUCAGGAAUUACUUCCCCGAUCCCGCAGCGGUUCCCGAUCUCGCGAUUCCUCUUCCCCACCUACGCCAAACGGCGACAACGACAACGGUAGCCCAACCCCCCAGCCCAUGACCCCAGAGUCUCGUUCCAGACGCAACACGCGAUCCCGCUCGAAUUCGACAUUCGGUCCUGCCGCCGCCAUGGCAGGGAUCGUCGCCGGCAGUAUUGCCGGAUGGUCUCCCAUCGAGCGAGGCCAUGGCGAAGCCGAUUCAAUCAGCUUCCCAACAAAUGGUGGUCCCUUUAGCGGUCUGGACCGCGAGCCGGGCAUCGAAAUCCACCCAGACACCGCGGCCGACGAGCGCAUGCUGAGCGAUUACGAUGCCAACUCUGGAACACCACCGAGCCAGAACCCAGAUCUUAUUCCGUUCUUCGAGCAUGCUCCGCCAGAACGGGCGCCCUCUAGCCGUGGCCGUCGCUCUUUGUCUCAACGCUCGAGAUCAAGUCUCAGCCAGUCCCAUGUGUAA